UACAGGACCAUGCUUGAAGAGACUACACUCUUCCUGAAUGAAUCUGCGACUACAUCUCAGCCCAGUAUCAUUCAUUCUGACAUUGCACGUUACACACUGAUUACUAUAUAUACAGUAGUAUUUAUUGGAGGUACAAUUGGAGCCAUCGCAAUGUCAUUUUUGUUGGUUAAAAUGAACACUCUGUCAGUGACCACGGCGGCGAUCGUCAACCUCGUGGUGUUGCACAGCCUGUUUCUCCUGACUGUGCCAUUUAGGCUUUAUUAUUAUAUCAAUCAGAAGUGGAUUUUUGGAUUUGCCUUUUGUAAAGCAGUGAGUGCUAUGAUGCACAUCCACAUGUACCUCACUCUUCUAUUCUACAUAAUCACGCUCAUUAUCCGGUGGCUCAUUUUCUUUCAAUGGAAGGACAAGGUGGAGUUCUACAGGAAGCUGCACGCUGUGGCUGCUAGUGCUACAGUGUGGAUAGUGGCCAUUGUGUUUGUGCUGCCUGUAUUCAUUGCUCGGUAUGGAAAGUCUGGGGAGUAUGGAAAUACCACAUGUUUUACAUUCCAACAAGAACUCAAGAAGCCCAGUGUGAAAGCACUGAACUAUAUCAUAAUUGCCGUUGUAACUGCCAUCACAUGUGUCUUCUUGGGGUUGCAAGUCUUCAUCUUUCUAAAGGUGGUGAAAAAGCUUCCAGGUUCUGUCUGGUCACAUCAAGAAUUCUGGGCCCAGAUUAAAAGCUUGAUGUUCAUAUCUGUGAUAAUCAUUUGUUUCCUCCCAUAUCACCUCUUUAGGAUCUAUUACAUACAGCACAUAGAAGAAAAACAAUCAGCAACUUACAACGAUAUCUGUCUGAGUAUAACUGCCAUCAGCUGUCUUGAUUUGCUGUCAUUUGUUAUAAGUGGAAACCGUUUCUUUAAGCAAAAGAUAAUUAUGCUUCGAGACAAGCUUGCAUGCUGUUAGGUUCGUUCAUUUUUAGAGACCAUCUUCCACACUACAGUGUUUAGGUGGGAGGAAAACAUAUGGCUUUGUCGGUAUUUUUUAAAAAUGAUAAUUUAUGGAGACAAGUCAAAAAGCAUUAUAAAUUAUGUGUAUCUAUUUAUUUUAUAUGCCUUAAACACAGUACCAGCAAAAUAACAUAGAUUCUUUGAGUAGGUGAAAUACUUACCAGUGGUCACAGUGCCAGCCUAGCAGACUGGUAGUAACUGUGCUGUAUCACAAUGGAGACAAAGGUUUCAAUCCCCUGCUGCAGAGGGAAAAGAAGCAAUAGUCCAAGAUGAUUUGUAAAGAAUGUGG